AUGUCUCUUACCACUAUGUAUGAUAACGCCCUUCUGGGUAUAUUACAGAAUGAAGGAAACUUACCAAAGUUUAUGGAUGUUAUUUUUGGAUUUUUAAUGAGAAGGACUGAUUUAUUUUACGUCCGGACGCCCGACUCAAAAUCAACCUUAGGCUUCCCUCCAAAUGUGGCACGGAGAAUUGUUGCGAGCGUAUGUUCUAAAUCUGUCUUAUAUUUUGUUCAGUCGUUUGAAAAAUACAAUACUAUGUUCCAAACAUACGAAAAACAACAUCAGAACGCGGUCGGAGCCAAUGCAGAAGGACAUCCAGAUGAGAGCACACCUAAGACUGCUGAGUCGAAGGAUGCGGAACCAAAGCCAACCAGCAAACGUCCGACCAAGCCUCACAAAGAUGAUAUGAGCGGCCCCGGAACCUACUCCAGCAAGUCGAAAGAUGGUGAAAGAUUUUAUACCGCUGAACCAGAUUGUUACAACGGUGCCAGGCGAGAUCUAUAUUCCUGGAGCCAGUCAAUUAAGGAUAUCGAUAUCCGUGUGAAGAUACCGGACUCGGUUACAUCUAGCCGAGACGUCACCGUCAAAAUUGAGCAGAAACAUCUUCGAAUCGACAUAAAAGGAAGCUCAGAACCUCUGAUUGACAAAGAAUUCUUAUUUGAGAUCAAAAAACAAGAAGCGCUCUGGUCGCUUGAUCUGGAUGAACGUCACGUGAGGCUAUAUUUGAACUUCUUUUCAUGGUCACGUUGA